GCAUAUGUAAGACUUUUAAAACAGGAAUUAAAAAACAAAACCACACUGACGGAAAGCGGUUCAUCGAUAUGCACAUGGACCUCAGCGGGAUCACGAGAUGCGGAUGCUUAUCCCAACCUGGCAGACCUCGGGCUUUGCUAUAUGAGUUUUCAAUUUCUUAAGGGUGGGUGGUUUUCUGGCGGUCCGUGAUUCAAGCCCGUAUCUACUGAGUUUAGUCGUUUUAUGAUAUCAUCUCUAAAUAUUUCUGGGAAUUGGUUGAAACAUGGAGAACGGAAUUUGACUUAAAUAUCCUGAAUGUGUCAUUACGUAUUUUAAACAUACUGAAGUUAAAAACCUGACUGGACAUCACUAAAACAUAUGUAUUAAUAUAUAACGUCCAUCAUAUGUAAAAUAGACUGUAGGCUACUAUGUUGAAAAAUUGAAGCAAGAUUGUAUGACAAGUAUUAUGACUGUUUGUCUUUGUAGGGUAAUACUAAUUGCAAUAACAAUAACAAAAUAACAUCUCAGCUUGCGUGAAACACCUGCUUCAUCACUAAAAUUCUGAUUGUUGCACUCCUUGCUCUGAAAGAUCCUAUUUUGGGACCGAAGUCAAAUAGGCUAACAGUCUUGUAAAUUUCACUGUCUGGAGUUCUGACAACACCCUUUUGCUCAAGAGGCAAGUUUUCAUUAGCAUACCGAAAAAAUAUCCCGAAUAAGAGUUUGACAUCUUGACGAGCACAUCAAGGGCUAAUGCCAUGCCAGUGGAAGAUCAAUCAAGUGGCCGCUUAAUGGACAUGGUCUUGGUGUCACCACCAAGGACGGAUUUGACAAGAUUAUUCGGACUGCUAUUUUCUUAGUUGCCUAACUUCCAAACCGUAUUCUGGACUGCGUUAUUCGAUGCUGAUUCCGACAUAGAACUGUGACGGAAACUUAAGGAAACACUCAAAGGUGUAACAUGACUGCAACAUUUGUAAGGGUGCAACUUACGGGGACUUGCCUUCGGUGAAAUACGGAGUGACUACACUAUCAAGCGUCAAGUAUGACCGAAGGGUGGCGCGAAGGACAAUUCAGAAUCACUCGAUUUGCAGUAAGUGCACAGCGGCCACACUCCACUGUCUCCAGCGGCUGAGCUCGUGGUGGUUCUGCGAGGAUGCUGCGCUUUCCAGUGAAGAAGAUUCGGAAGCAGUUCAAGCUACUGCUGUUACUAGUCCUGCUGACUUUCGCCAUCUGGUUCACGUAUCUGCACAUCAACCAAGGCAAAGCGAUCAAGCUCCACUUCAACUACGGGAAAGAUGGAGAGAAGCAGUCAGAGGGGACGGAGACGAGUCGCAGGAGGCAGUCCCGCUCCUCGUCCAAUCACCACAGGAACGACGACGUGAGUGACAGCCGUGAAGACGAUCCUGCGGAGGACGGGCCGUAUGCGUGGGAGGAGGGGAGAAGGGACUUGUCAGAGAUCCGGAAGUUCCUUGGACAGAAACAGAACAAAUUGCCAUGGAAACCAGAGUACAAGGGCCAGGCAAACCUCCAUGUGUUUGAAGACUGGUGCGGCAGCUCUGUGUCUCAGCUCAGAAAAAACAUCCACUUUCCCCUGUAUCCUCAUAGCAGAACCACUGUGAAGAAACUGGCAGUGGCUCCAAAAUGGAAAAACUACGGCCUGAGAAUUUUUGGCUUCAUCCACCCUUACAGAGAUGGAGAUUUCCAGUUUGCUGUGGCCUCUGAUGACAACUCUGAGUUCUGGCUGAGCCCAGAUGACAGCCCGCUCAACGCCCGGCUGCUGGUGUACGUGGGGCGUCGAGGGUCAGAGUGGACUGCUCCAGGGGAGUUCAGCAAGUUCAGGUCCCAGAGCUCCAAGUCCAUCCAUCUCAUAUCAUCCAGACGAUACUAUUUUGAGAUUCUGCAUAAGCAAGAUGACAAGGGCUCAGAUCAUGUGGAGGUUGGGUGGCGCCCUUUUCUGCCUGGUCUGAAGUAUGAGGUCAUCGACUCUGCGUACAUCUCCCUGUACACAGAUGAGUCCAGCCUGAAGAUGAACAGUGUGGAUCACAUCCCGCAGACGCUGGCCAGCCACAGCCUCUCCCCCCAGCAGACCCAGGGCGCCAGCCAGCACGGAGCCGACAUGCUGAAACUCGACCCCAGAGACACCUUCUACAGCCGGGCGCCCAUGAUAGAGCCAUCGCACCUGGAGAGCGUACUUCCCUCCUGCCUCUACGCGCCCACAUACGUGGUGAAGGACUUCCCUAUCGCCCGCUACCAGGGGCUGCAGUUUGUGUACCUGUCAUUCGUCUAUCCCAAUGACUUCACCCGACUUACCCAUAUGGAGAGAGAGAACAAGUGCUUCUACAGAGAGUCACCAAUUUACCUUGAGAAGUUUGGCUUCUACAAAUACAUGAAGAUGGAUGAGGAAGAGGAUGAGCAGCCCGUCUUCUUCCCAAACCCAGAUGAUUUCUUGGAGGAGGAGGAAGGGGAGGACCCGGAGGACGAGGCGAUACCGGUGGACUCGCAGCGGGCCAGGAGGAACGGCAGCCGACCCAGCCCCGCCCCGCGGCCGUCCCACAGGCCCGCCCUCCUGACCCCGGUCACCCGGGAGGCUGAGGAAGAGGAGGAGGAAGAAGGAGAUGUGCUGGCCUUCAAGUCGAGGGAGCGGCGGGAGGGGAGCACCAGGGACCCCACGGAGCGCAGGGGCGUUCUGGGAGAGCAGCAGCAGGAAGCGGAGACGCCGGGGUCACGUGUUCCCAGCGCCCCUUUCACCCGCUCCCUCUCCUGGGUCCGCACCGCGCAGCCCAGCAGCAGAGGGGGCGUGGAGACUCCCCCCAAACUCAGCAAGUCUGCCCUGCUGUUCCCCCACAAGAGCUCCCUCUCCGCCCUCACCAGCAGGGCCAGGCAGGUCCUCAGCAGCCCCGCCAUCAAGGCCCGCGGCCCCGCCAAACCACGGCCCAAUAAGGAGAGUAAGGUCUACAUCACACGGCCCCGCCCGUCCGGCGGCAGGAGGGGCACCACCCCCCACCUGCCCAGGGAGGUCUUCCCAGGGGUCUUCCUGUACCAGAACGGUAAAAGCACCAGACUGGUGAACCUGGGGACCAGGAGGCGGGGGGGCAGGGGGCUGGGGGCAGCCCGGCAGCUGUGGCCCAAACCCCCCCUCAGACUCAGCAGGACGUCCCCCCGCGGGGCUGGGCCCGGCCAGGGGGCGGAGCGGGCGCGACUCCCUCACAGCCGGAGGGAGGAGCCUCUGAGGGGCAGGCGGGAGAGCAGGAGGGGCGCGGUCACAUCGACGCCCAAUCGCAGAGACUCUCCGUCAUCCAGCCCGCCGGCUCCGCCCACCGGCCUAACCUCGCCUACCGACACCAGAGUCACCUCCUACAUCCGGACCUCCGAGGUCAGCACCUCGCUGGGUCAGGAGGAGGCGCGGGGGGCGGGGCCGGAGGAGGAGGAGGGCGGGGUCUCGGACUACAGCUACGAGGAGGCGGAGCCCCGGCCCGGGUGGGCGGAGGACAGCAUUAACUGGCAGCGCACGUUCAGCGUGAACAGCAUGGACUUCGAGCUGCUGCGCUCCGACUGGAACGACCUGCGCUGCAACGUGUCGGGGAACCUGCAGCUGGCCGAGGGCGAGGUGGUGGAGCUGCUCGCACAGUACAUGGAGAAGCUCAACGAGCGCAACGGCGGGAUCUACACGCUCCUGCGCAUCAUUAACGUGGAGAAGCGCAGGGACUCUGUGCGGGGGAGCAGGUACCUGGUGGAGCUGGAGCUGAUGGAGAGGGGGAAGCGGGUGGUGCACCUCUCCGAGUACGUGUACCUGCUGCUGCAGCAGGGCCGGGCGGAGGACAGCCUGGAGGACAGCGCUGCCUCCCCCGCCCCCUCCUCCAGCCCGGGGCCUCCCGCCCCCGCUGCCCCCCGGCCCAGCAGCCCCGGCAGCCCCACGCCCGGGGGCACGGCCUACGUCAAGCCCCUGCUGUGCCAGCCCUCCUCGCUGCGCUGGAGUCGCGACGUCAUGGUGCACUUCGUGGUGCCAGUGAAGAACCAGGCCCGGUGGGUUCAGCAGUUCAUCGCAGACAUGGAGCUCCUUCACCUCGAGACCAAGGACGACAACUUCAGCAUCAUCAUCGUGGACUUUGAGAGUGAAGACAUGGACGUGGAACAGGCCCUCAGGGACAGCCAGGUGCCCAGGUACGAGUACCUGAGGCGUGAGGGUCAUUUCGAGCGCUCGGCGGGACUGCAGAUGGGUGUGGACACCAUCGAGGACAGUCGCAGUAUUGUGUUCCUGUGUGACCUGCACAUCCACUUCCCGUUCAACAUCCUGGAGAGCAUCAGGAAGCACUGUGUGGAGGGCCGGCUUGCCUUCGCCCCCAUCGUCAUGAGACUGAGCUGCGGGAGCUCUCCAAAAGAGCCUGACGGGUACUGGGAGGUAAACGGGUUUGGCUUGUUUGGUAUAUACAAGUCGGAUUUCGACACGGUUGGCGGGAUGAACACAGAAGAGUUCAAGGACCGGUGGGGCGGAGAGGACUGGGAACUGCUGGACAGAGUCCUUCAGCACGGUCUGGAGGUGGAGCGCCUGAGACUGCGGAACUUCUUCCACUACUAUCACUCCAAGCGAGGCAUGUGGAACGCGCCGAUGAAGAGAAGCCCCAGGGGAUAGCGCUGCCCCCUGCUGACGCCCCCGAUCCUGGAGGACCUCCAGCCCAGAGGCUGCCUCAGCGCUGCAGGCAUCCUGCGAGGACAGCUCAGUCCGCUCCGAGGACCCCACGCUGGGACACAGCGGCUUAUUGUGGCUGCCGGGAGCGCAUUCAGCCUCCGUCCUUCCCGCAAAUAACUCGGAGGAGAAACACUUCUCGCUUCUCGGCAGGAAGGACAUUUAAACUGCUUCCCGUUUGGCACUGAGGGAAUGUAAAGCCGGACACGUAUUCUUAGUUUUGUGUUUUUCAAAAAAGAGUAAUCUGUUUUCUACAAAAUAGGAGAAAAGCUUUUUUGAAUAUAACAUCCAAGGCGUUCAGGCCACAUAAAAAGUAAAAAUGCUAAUGUUUCUGACGCUGUAUUUGGAGUAUAGAAAGCAGAGGGCUGUAUCUCUUUAUUCUGUGACAUUGGUCUGUGCUCUGUAGACAGAACUUUAAAUGUUUUGUAUUGCAUUAAAAGUGAACAGCUCAGACGUAGGUGUACAGACGGGAGUAUACAUAAAUGUUUUUUUUGAAUGGGUGAACACUGACAUUGUCACUGGUGCUCGGUUAUUACAGCGCCCAGACUGCAGAGUCUAGUCUGUGCUUGGGAUUAGCCUUACAGUACAUAACCCCUCCAGCUUUCGCUCACUCUGAUGGUGAUUUGGUGUAUGCUUUCCCCCAAUACAAUACAAGCGGACAGAUAAUUCCAGGGCUCUUUGGCUGUCGUGUGAGAUCCCUGGCUCGCUGUGUCCCUGAUUUUUCCCGCGUAAGCUGCAGGUGUGGCUGCACUCCAUUGGAAAGCACAGCUUGAUGACGGACAGGAAGUGUGGUAGCACACCUGUCAGGCUGGCAGGGAGGUCUGAGGGGUUCUGGUUGAUUUCUGUCAGAGGAAGUUGAACUUCUAAGGGACACAUAGACAAGGAAAAUCUAUUUUAGAAUAUAAUAAUAAUAAUACUAUUAAUAAUACUAUUCAGAAUAUUAAUAGUAAUAUUUUUGUACACUGCCUUACCGGAGCCCAAGGUGCUUAACAAGGUUCAAUGAAAGGACAGUAUUUAAAGAAGGCAGAACAAAACGGAUGCACAAGGACAGUAACAAAGAUAAAGUAUUUACAGAACACGAAACAGGUUAUAUACAUUAAAAUAAUGAAAUUGUUAACAUCCUUAUUAAACAAAGGUUCAGCUCCUGCCGCUUAGAAAUACGGAGGCAGGGUGUGUGUGGGGAGCAGCGGGGUUUGAGCCUGCUGAAUGCUGAGCCCUGUUAGCGUAGGCUGUGCGGUCAUUACCUGAUGAUUUGCUGUUGAAAUGUAUUGUUCAUGUUUCUCAGUGUAAUAUAGAUUAAGGCAAAUACUAAAGUGGUUACAUUUCAGUGUGUAUAUGCACAAACACAAUUUAUAUAAUUCUAUAUUAUUGAGUAAGAUUGAAGAAUGUCAAAACCUCAUUCCCAAGAAUGGUGUACACAUUCUUUAUCUACAGCUAGGCGUUUGCCUCUUUACAAAAUGAUAGAUAUGAAUAUACACAAAAGCAAGGAUAUUCUGAAUCUGUUUAAAGAUAAUUUCUGUGAAAUUGUUUUGUAGAAAGUUUAACGAAUGUAAUGUAUUUUGGUUUAUGAUUUUACUUUCCUUUUUUAGAAAUAAAAUUUUAAGCUAAAA